AUGAGUAAGAGUGAAUGCUCCGUGGGACCCAUGUCCUCUGUGGUGGCCCCAGCUAAGGAGCCCAAUGCCAUGGGCCCCAAGGAAGUGGAACUCAUCCUGGUCAAGGAGCAGAACGGGGUGCAGCUCACAAACUCCACGCUGAUCAACCCACCACAGAGCCCAGUGGAAGAGCGGGAGACCUGGGGCAAGAAAAUUGACUUUCUGCUCUCAGUCAUUGGCUUCGCGGUGGACCUGGCCAAUGUUUGGCGGUUUCCCUACCUAUGCUACAAAAAUGGGGGAGGUGCCUUCCUGGUGCCCUACCUGCUCUUCAUGGUCAUUGCCGGGAUGCCGCUCUUCUACAUGGAGCUAGCCCUCGGGCAGUUCAACAGGGAAGGAGCUGCCGGAGUGUGGAAGAUCUGCCCCAUCCUGAAAGGCGUGGGCUUUGCGGUCAUCCUGAUCUCGCUCUACGUGGGCUUCUUCUACAACGUCGUCAUCGCCUGGGCGCUGCACUACUUCUUCUCCUCCUUCUCGGCGGAGCUGCCCUGGGUCCACUGCAACAACUCCUGGAACAGCCCCCGCUGCUCCGACGCCCACCCCAGCAACGCCACCCUCGGCGCGGGCCUGAACGACACUUUCGGGACCACGCCAGCCGCUGAGUACUUCGAGCGUGGUGUGCUGCACCUCCACCAAAGCCGUGGCAUCGACGACCUGGGUCCUCCUCGGUGGCAGCUCACAGCCUGCCUGGUGCUGGUCAUUGUGCUGCUCUACUUCAGCCUCUGGAAGGGGGUGAAGACCUCGGGGAAGGUUGUGUGGAUCACAGCCACCAUGCCCUACGUGGUCCUCACCGCCCUGCUCCUGCGUGGGAUCACGCUCCCCGGGGCCAUCGACGGCAUCAGAGCCUACCUGAGUGUGGACUUCUACCGGCUCUGCGAGGCAUCCGUCUGGAUAGACGCUGCCACCCAGGUGUGCUUCUCCCUGGGCGUUGGGUUCGGAGUGCUCAUCGCCUUCUCCAGCUACAACAAGUUCACCAACAACUGCUACAGAGACGCGAUCGUCACCACCUCCAUCAACUCUCUGACGAGCUUCUCCUCUGGCUUUGUCGUCUUCUCCUUCCUGGGAUACAUGGCACAGAAGCACAGCGUGCCCAUCGGGGACGUGGCCAAGGAUGGGCCGGGGCUGAUCUUCAUCAUCUACCCUGAGGCGAUCGCGACGCUGCCCCUCUCCUCCGCCUGGGCCGUGGUCUUCUUCGCCAUGCUGCUCACCCUGGGGAUCGACAGUGCCAUGGGCGGCAUGGAGUCCGUGAUCACGGGGCUCAUCGACGAGUUCGCGCUGCUGCACAGGCACCGGGAGCUCUUCACGCUCUGCAUCGUGCUGGCCACCUUCCUGCUGUCCCUCUUCUGCAUCACCAACGGGGGCAUCUAUGUCUUCACGCUGCUGGACCACUUCGCGGCCGGCACGUCCAUCCUCUUUGGAGUGCUCAUCGAAGCCAUCGGGGUGGCCUGGUUCUACGGUGUCCAGCAGUUCAGCGAGGACAUCAAGCAGAUGACAGGGCAGCGGCCCAGCCUGUACUGGCGUCUGUGUUGGAAGCUGGUCAGCCCCUGCUUCCUCCUGUUUGUGGUUGUGGUCAGCAUCGUGACCUUCAGGCCACCCCGCUAUGGAGCCUACAUCUUCCCUGACUGGGCCAACGCCCUGGGCUGGGUCAUCGCCACGUCCUCCAUGGCCAUGGUUCCCCUGUACGCGGCCUACAAGUUCUGCAGCCUGCCGGGGUCCUUCCGAGAGAAACUGGCCUAUGCCAUCACGCCUGAGAAGGACCGCCAGCUGGUGGACAGAGGGGAGGUGCGUCAGUUCACGCUACGCCACUGGCUCCUGGUGUAG